AUGAAGUUCGUGCCUUACUUUGGAGUUCCAUCAAAGGAAAAACUAUCUUUUGAUAAGAAUGAGAGGGCUCUUUCUCUGCCCACGAUUUUUAUCACAGAUUCUUCCGAGAUGAUCUCUAGGAAUCUGAUGGCCAUGGAGGCAUGCCGGCCAGAAAGUGCCAAACAUAUUUCAUACUAUGUAUUGCUGAUGAAUACCUUAAUUGAAGGAGAGGAGGACGUUGCCGUGCUGAGGAGAGCAGGGGUUAUCCAGAGCUCCAUGGGGACCGAUGAUGAAGUGACCGAUCUGUUCAAUGAGCUUUGCAAAGGAAUUAACUUUCAGGAUAUUGAUGAAGACCCAUUUGUGAAGGUAAAAUUUGAUCUGAAUGGCUGGUAUAAUGACCGGCACAUGGUAAAAUUGAAAAAGUGGAUGAAGAAAAAUCCCAAGUUUGUCAAGAACGUAUCUAUGUUUUGGGCAAUCCUACUUGUUUUAGCUGCUGGUCUACCCACUUUUUUCCCAAUAUUCCAAAAAUAUAUAAAAAGUCAAAACAAUUCUUGA